AUGCCUUCGGCAACAGGCCAAAAUUGGGAGAAAUACCAAAAGAAGUUUGCGGACGAUGAGGUAGAAGAGAAGAAGAUCACCCCGUUAUCCGAUGAGGACAUUCAAGUACUCAAGACCUACAACUCAGCACCGUAUGCCACAGCUCUGAAACAACUAGAAAAGUCGAUUAAAGACAAACAGACUUCCGUGAAUGAAAAGAUCGGCGUCAAGGAAUCAGACACUGGUCUCGCCCCUCCACAUUUAUGGGAUAUUGCGGCAGACAGGCAGCGUAUGAGCGAGGAGCAACCGUUACAAGUAGCCAGGUGUACGAAGAUCAUUCCAGAUGAGAAGGACAGCGAGAAGAGCAAGUAUGUGAUCAACGUGAAGCAGAUUGCGAAAUUCGUGGUCAACCUGGGCGAACGUGUCAGUCCGACAGACAUUGAGGAAGGAAUGCGAGUCGGCGUGGACAGGAACAAGUAUCAGAUCAUGUUGCCGCUCCCGCCAAAGAUUGACCCAAGCGUCACCAUGAUGACAGUCGAGGAUAAGCCGGACGUGACCUAUGGCGAUGUUGGUGGAUGCAAAGAGCAGAUUGAAAAGCUUCGCGAAGUUGUGGAAAUGCCUCUGCUGUCACCUGAGCGAUUCGUCAACCUCGGAAUCGAUCCGCCAAAAGGUGCUCUGCUCUAUGGACCUCCAGGAACCGGCAAGACACUCUGCGCAAGAGCUGUCGCAAAUCGAACUGACGCAACUUUCAUUCGUGUCAUUGGCUCUGAAUUGGUACAAAAGUACGUCGGUGAAGGUGCACGCAUGGUCCGCGAGUUGUUCGAAAUGGCGCGGACAAAGAAGGCUUGCAUCAUCUUCUUCGACGAAAUCGACGCUGUUGGUGGUGCUCGGUUCGACGAUGGUGCUGGUGGUGACAACGAGGUGCAGCGGACGAUGUUGGAGCUUAUCACACAACUGGACGGAUUCGACAGCAGAGGUAACAUUAAAGUCAUGUUUGCGACCAACAGACCAAGCACUUUGGACCCUGCACUCAUGCGACCAGGUCGGAUAGACAGAAAAAUUGAGUUCUCGUUGCCAGACAUGGAGGGACGUGCGAACAUUCUUCGAAUUCACGCCAAGUCAAUGUCUGUAGAGCGCGAUAUUCGAUGGGAGCUGAUUUCACGCCUCUGCCCUAAUGCAACAGGUGCAGAGCUACGAUCCGUGGCUACGGAAGCUGGCAUGUUCGCGAUUCGUGCCCGCCGAAAGGUUGCGAGCGAGAAGGACUUCCUCAGCGCUGUGGAGAAGGUCAUUCGGGCAGGUCUCAAGUUCAACUCGACCGCUGCAUACGCCCAGUACAAUUAG